AUGGGUAUCAAACAAUUAUACCAAGUGAUCCGAGAUAAUUGUCCCGAUGCCAUCAAAGAAGGAGACAUCAAAACUCAAUUUGGUCGCAAAGUCGCCAUCGAUGCUUCCAUGUCAUUGUACUCGUUCUUGGUCGCCGUGCGAAGUAAUGGCGAGCAACUCAUGUCUGACACUGGCGAAACCACCUCACAUCUUAUGGGCAUGUUCUACCGUACACUCCGCAUCGUUGACAACGGAAUCAAACCUGUCUACGUCUUCGAUGGCGCGCCUCCAAAGCUGAAGUCUGGCGAGCUUGCGAAGCGUUUCCAGCGCAAGUCAGAAGCACAAGAGUCACACGAAGAGGCGAAAGAGACCGGUACGGCGGAAGACGUGGAGAAGUUCAGUCGGCGAACAGUCCGAGUCACCCGAGAACACAACGAAGAAGCUCGAAGGCUGCUCAAGCUGAUGGGAAUCCCAUUCAUCAUCGCCCCCACGGAGGCCGAAGCACAAUGCGCUGUCCUGGCAAGAGCUGGCAAAGUAUACGCUGCGGCGUCCGAGGAUAUGGACACAUUGACGUUCGACACACCGAUUCUCUUGCGCCACCUGACAUUCUCAGAAGCACGUGCCAAAGACGAGCCUUUGCAAGAAAUCCACCUUGACCGUGUGCUCGAGGGACUGGACAUGGAUCGCGAGCAAUUCAUCGAUUUGUGCAUCUUGCUUGGAUGCGACUAUGUCGACCCUGUGCGAGGUAUCGGUCCAAAAGUCGCCCUUGGACUGAUCAAAGAAUUCAAGAACCUUGAAGCGAUCGUGGAGAACAAUGAGAAGACUAAGAAAUACACAUUCCCAGAAGACUGGCCAUACAAGGAUGCCCGCCUAUUAUUCCUGGAGCCGGAUGUCCGCAAAGCGGAUCACCCUGAUUGUGACUUCAAAUGGGAGAGCCCGGAUGUCCCAGGUCUAGUCCAAUUUCUGGUCGAGGAGAAGGGAUUCAGCGAGGACCGUGUCCGUGCCGGUGCCGCGAGACUACAGAAGAACGUCAAGUCGAGUCAGCAGUCUAGACUAGAAGGGUUCUUCAAGCCGAAAGAAAAAACAGAGGAGGAAAAAGCCAAUCUCAAGCGCAAGAACGAAGAGAAGCUCGAGGAGCGAAAGAAGCAAAAGAAGGCGGAAGCGAAAGCAAAGAAGGAUGCCAAGUCGAAGCCAAAGAUGAACACGUGA